AUGAAAAAAAGCACUGAUGAUAUUUCAAUGGAUGUGACAUCUCUUUCAGACAUUACUUCAAAAACAAUAUCGACCAACGAAGAUGGUAGGUUCAAAUGUCCGUUUCCGAACUGUAACAAGUCCUUUACUAGACAGGAACAUCUGUCACGUCAUAAACUGAACCACUGGCCCAAAGAGAUAUUUAGAUGUUCGUACAUCUAUCCAGAUACAGGAUUAGCAUGCAACAGAACUUUUGUUAGGAAGGAUCUCCUGUCUCGACAUGAAAAGAGACAUGAAAAACAAGGCGGCAGACUUUCGAACCAUCAUUCAGCGCCAGCGACUCUGGUUGCCAAUGGGGAAGAUAAUCAAUUUUUAAACGCUGCAACUUCAAGAACAGGCACUUUGUACUCAGUUUCGAAUAUUACAUCAGAGGAAAAACAAAUUGAAUUGCCCCUAAAUAAUACUACUGCCGAAACGCAACAAUCGUCAGAAACAUUAGAAAAUGCAAUUUUAGACUACAGAGUAACUGCUGAGCAGCAGCCUAGUAUCGGUGAUCAUUCUGGAAGUGAAAGUGUUAACAGGCUAUUCAGCUGGUUGUUUGAAGCUAAUUAUUCGCAACCACAACUCGGAGGUCAGUAUCACAGCAUCAACAAAAACAAUUCUGCAGGCUCACAAUUGUUAAAUAAAAGCGGAGCUACCUCUCAUAGCAGCCCAGUUGAUCUUGCUGGAAAUACACAGAGCUCAUUGUUCCACGGCAUCGAGGACAUUGGCGGGAAACAAAAAGAAUCUUCAAAGGCAACCAGUCCUGUCGUGCUGCAAAAGACCUCAGACGAAACUUCUAAACAGUUUUCUCAGCCCCAGCACUUGUAUGAAUCCAAUGUCACGUCUUUACCAUCUAAUCAAAUGCAAGACCUUUUUUCCUUAGAGAUGUUGAACAAUGAUCCGUUAGAUGCUCUUAUGCAGGAACUCUCAGCGCCAUCAAUGGAGUCCCAAAAUAGCACUGGUCUUGAGAAAACAUCCAUGUCGCACUCAAGAGUCUCAACAAGGGCAGAGGAUAAAUGCAAAGAUAGCCACCGUGCUAAUAUAAAGGACAAUUUCGAAGUUCAAAAAUCAAACAUUUUGGAAUUACAGGAAAAUAGUCCUGAUACCAAGAAAAAGUUCGAAAGUUCAGGCAAUUCAGCAUCAAAAACUUCGAAAAAUUACAAAAAAAAAAUACGAUCAACUAUGAUGCCCUCCUUUUUUCAUCCUGAUCCAAAAUCCAAAUAUGCCAUUUCUGGGCAAAAAUGUGAAGAUUUAUAUCAGCUCGUUCCGGAUCUUCGUGAAAUCCCAAUAGAAAAUUUACAGAGAAGUUUACUUUCUUUUUGGUUUAAUUUUCACCCCCAGUAUGGAUUGCUGCACAAGCCUUCAUUUCAUGUCGAUCAGCAACCUGCCAUUUUAGUCUUGGCACUAAUAAUGAUAGGCGCAAGUUUCUUGGGAAGUGAAUCUCGAAAGACCACAAGUGACGUCAUAUGUAUUCCGCUGAGAUGGAUUAUUUUUUCGAACGAAGAUUUUCAACCACCUUCAAAAACUUACAUCAUACAGAGUUUACUAUUGCUAGAAUGCUAUGAAAAAGCGAGUACUAAUAGGUACCUUCAUGAGAGAUCAUAUUUGCAUCAUGGAACAACAAUACAACUACUUAGAAGAACGCCCUCAUUAGGAGGACAUCCACUCCGUUUGAAGCCAGAGGAAAGACCAGAUGGAAUUCAGGAUCCCCAAGAAGUUUACCGGCUUUGGAUCGAUUGCGAGAUGCUGAAAAGAGUAGCACUGUAUGCAUUUUACAUGGAUACAACACAUGCCGCAGUCUUUGGUUAUGCAAAUCUGUUUAUCAAUUGUAGUCAAGUUCAAUUGAUGUUACCUUGCUCGGAUAUUGUUUGGGAAUCUUAUGAUUUGAGUUACGAGAAAUUAUUGGAUCAUGGAUUUGGCAAAGAGCGUAUGACAUUUUUAUCAGGUUUGAAAGAAUUGCUAAGCGAGGUGAUAGAAACUUUGCAAAGAGCAGCAAAACAUCAACCUCAGCUUGGCGCCACGGAUGUCACCAUCAAGUCAUGGGAUAUCAAGAGCGUCCUUGGAAGGAAAGUGUUACUGGCAGGAGUAAUUUCUACGAUGUUUCAAUGCCAGGAGACUAACGUUGAUCUAUUCGCUUCAAUGUCCAGGGGAUCAUUUGGCGACGAAGAUCACCCUAACAGAUCUUUGCAAGAUAUACUUUCAUUUACCAUUAAUUAUUGGCUUUUCAAAGUUCAAAAAAGCUACCAGGAUCCCGAUCAUUGUUUCAUAGAAUCUGUCGACUCUGCCGAAGACAGUAUAGAACCAACAAAGGGCGCUGAUGUUACUUUGGAUCAUACCAAUAUUCUUGGUUUAGACGGUAGAGCGCGCUGUAAAAUACCAGAAUACUAUAUGGCUCAGAUCAUGCUAAGAAUCUUUCAUCACGACUACUACAUUUUCGGCGGUGCGCCCUGGAGAAUGAAUGUGAAGACCGGAGAGGAAGAAUACGCUCUUGCCUCAAAGCAUAUUCUUCAAUUCGCGUCCGAUUCCAGUGUCGGCGAUGUCGCUCUUGUGUAUAGUUAUCAAUUUUUGUUCGAGAUGUUUGUCGACGAAGAUACCCUACAAGUCAAUGCAGAUUCCUAUAGUCCAAAUUCCGACUAUAUUAUUACACGUCCAAAUACGUUAGCAUUGCUUACGCUGCUAAUAUGGACAUGCAGCUUUGUCUUAUAUGGGUCGGAAGUGACUCUUUGGAAUAAUAAGCAGCAUGAGUCUGUCGAUAGUAUUUCUACAGUGGACGGUACGAUCUACACCAAGGAAAAUGAGCUUCUCAAGCAAACGUACAUCCCUAAAGAAUCCUUUGAAAAUCAUCUAAUAAGAAUGUACUCUUUUUUGAGGAUCAAGCCAUCUUCCGAUGUUGUCACCUACCAUAACAGCAUAAGAGAGAAGGCCGCUCUUCUCAAAAGCAUCGGGGGCAGAAACAACCUCUGUGGCAUGAUGAAGCACAUGCGGAAUAUCUUUGCACAAAGCUAUUGGGAUUUGGGUCGCGAGUUUUCCAAAUUGUUUGAUAACUGCUUCGAAAGAUCGUUGGGCAAAGCAUCCCCAACUUGUAUAAAUAUGUAUAAAGUAUAA